AGCAUUGGCUGUGACGACUAUCUGGGUUCAGACAAGGUGAUUGACAAGUGUGGAAUAUGUGGAGGGGACAACACUGCUUGCAAGGUCGUGUCUGGAGUUUUCAAACACACGCUAACAAAUCUUGGCUACCACAAGAUAGUGGAAAUUCCUGAAGGAGCUACUAAAAUCAACAUUACUGAGAUGUCAAAGAGCAACAACUAUUUGGCGUUGCGCAGUCGAUCAGGACGGUCCAUCAUCAAUGGAAACUGGGCAAUUGAUCGACCUGGGAGAUAUGAAGGUGGUGGGACAAUGUUCACUUAUAAACGCCCAAAUGAAAUCUCCAGCACUGCAGGAGAGUCGUUUUUAGCUGAUGGUCCAACAAAUGAAGUCCUUGAUGUCUAUAUGAUACAUCAGCAGCCUAACCCAGGUAUACAUUAUGAGUAUAUCAUUCCAGGAGACAAUGUCAUUAGUCCUCAGUUGCUUGCUCACAGGAGGCCAGGGGAGCCCGUGAAUGGUCAGUUAGGAAUGCCAGAAAGUACAAAUCAUGAGGAUGAAGAUUUGCAUAGGGAGACAGACACUCUCACUGGACAGUCAGCUGGAACUUUUCCAGUUAUUCAGCCAGGAAGAUUUCCUUCUCAUCAGCCAGAAAACCAGGUGCCUGCUGUGCAACCACCAAGACAGAACCGAGAACACAACUGGAAACAGAUUGGAAAAACUGAGUGCACCACUACAUGUGGGAAAG